UAUUGUGAAACCAACUAUAAUGGAUUUAUCUGUCCCCAGUAAAGAUGACACAACAAAUCCUGAAGGUAGUCGGUGCACUGACGACGAGGUCGAGUUUGUCUGUGAGGCCCCUUUGAGGCCGGUUCUGGAAUGCGUAAAUCUGCUCAGUAGCGACGAUGAUGAUGACAUGUUGACAUGUUACCGUGUUCCAACCAGAGUAAAGGACCACAUUGAUCACCAGAAGGACAGAGUCUCUUCAACUCUUGACCGACUUGCACGCCACGUAGAGAUAGAGAAACAACAGCGGGAGGAGAGAAACAAAGCAUUCCAGGAAAAAAUACACCACCAACAUGCUCAUGGUUUACAAGAACUAGAAUUUAUCAAGGAUCAUCCAGGGACAGAUGCUGCAAGACUCUGUGUCAACCAGUGGCUGAAAGUACCAGGUCCCAGGCCAGGCACAGUAAGCGCAAGCCGAAGACCUGUGUUGGCAUGUAGUGAGCGAGCGCCGACAAACACCACGUCUAUUACCUGCCCGGUAAUGCAUUGCAAUAAAAAAUUUGACAAUGGUCAGCUACUCCUAGGCCAUCUGAAAAGGUUUGACCAUUCUCCAUGUGAUCCCUCCAUUACCCUUCACGGAGCUCCUGCAGUUUCUUAUGCCUGUGUUUUGUGCCGUCUGCGAUUUCCAUCAAUGAAAGGAUAUACAGAACAUCUCUCUCAAAAGGCAAAAUUGGCUGAUGGCCAUGAAAAAAACCUUCCGGCCCAAACCAUUCAAUGUUUUGCAUGUCCCAAAUGUUUUCUGCUUUUUAACCUAAGAGAUGAAUGUCUGCAACACAUGACUUUGCAGAAUCAUUUGGGGAGAGCUUUCAAAUUUGUAGGUGAAAAGGCUACCGCGUACCCCAUUCCCUUACCAUCCUAUGCCAAGAAAGUUUUACUUGCUCUUUGUAAAGAUGUCCCAUAUCGGGUAUGUUGUACUUCUUGUCGCAGUGAACUGCGCUCUCACAUGGACCUUACUGCUCAUUUCAGGACACGGUGUCGCAAUGCAGGGCCGGCUUCGCUAUCAGAAAUGAGCAUCGCUGAAGUUGCAGCGGUGUUUCGAGUUAAAGCUUUAUGUGCUGUUUGUAGGCAAGUCUUAAACAGUGAUGCACAUGUAACAAAACACUUCGAAAGGACUAAGCACAGAGGGAAAAUCAUCACUAACAUGGAAGAAUCAAUUCUGGCGUUUUGUUAUCUCAACGAAGGAGUGAGAACUGUGGCUGACUUUUGUUUAUCUGCAUCAAAUGCUAGAUUGAAACCACUGCUCAAAAGAACCUUAAAAAGUGAUAGACCAAGUACGCCUUUAAUGAAGCGCUCAAGAGACACGAAAAAAGAGAGCAGUGAAAGUUUUGUGAUGACUGUGACCGCGUGGUUCUGUGAAUGCUUAAAAAAGUUUGCCACUGAACCGGAAGUAGAAAAGCACAUCAUGGAGGAAAACAAAAUUUGCCACAAAUGCAUGGUCUGCGGCAAGCUUGCUGGGGAUUUGUCAAUUAUUCAUCUUCACAUGAGCCGAUUCCAUGGAGGAGCACACUUGAAUAACUUCCGUUACUGGUGUAAAGCCUGCAACACUCAGAUUCCAGGGCUCAAGGACAUGAUGUUGCAUGUGACUGACUACCACGGAGGGCAUUCCUACUACUUUGAGCAAGACACUCCCGAGGAGCAGCCCCUUCCAUCCACAUCUGCGACCAGACAGAGUCCACCCAUAUCACGAGCUGCAGCAUCGACGGCCCGUGGGCCAGGUUCAGGGAAAUGGCAGUGCCACAUUUGUGAGGAGAUGUUUGACUCUGAAGAGACUGUUAAACAGCACUGUAAAUCUUUGAACAUCCAUCAGUUUCACAAAUAUAGCUGUGACACAUGCAAAAAGCACUUCCACAAAAUUGAGACCCUGUAUCGACACAGUCAGCAGCAACAUGAUGGCAACAUAAAAAUUAGAUAUUUUUGUGGCCUAUGUGAGGAUCUCUAUUUUGAUAAAGAGGUGGACUUUCAUAACCACUAUGAGGGCUUCCACAGCUCAGACUAUGCAUUUGUUCCAGAUGAAAUCCAUGCUCCUGCCAAAGUUCCAGAAUAUCCAGUACAAAACCCAGUUCAGAAUGGAGAUCGGUUGACUUGUGGAUGUCUGGAUUCCUACACUAACAAAAAGGUCAGAAAAGAAGAGAACGGUCGUUGCUUGGAAGGCUUGUUGAAGAAAGGCCAUCUCUGGUACAGCUGCUGUAUCUGUGCAGUAACAGGCCAAUCGCUUAAAGACUUUAUAGAACAUAAUUGCAAGCUAGACAGUCCCCUUACUGACAAGGAUUUUGUUGUGAAGUGCAGCUCAUGUUCCAAAUCUUUUGAAAACACAAAGAGUGCUCAAAGCCACUAUCACGACAAGCACUGUUUCCUUCGGAAACCCAAAAUUCAAAACUUAGAGAAUCCGCACAAUGUCUUUCGAUUCACAGCCAGCGGUGCAUGUGUAAAACCAAACUCACACAAGGUGGCCCAUCCCCGGCAGAGAAGGAAAAGCAGCGGAGGGUCUGAGACCGCUUCACCUGAGAAGAAAUGUGCACAGGUGGAAAGAAUGGAUACAGGCGAAAAAGAGAGCGACUUGCCUGAUUUGGACUUCCUGCGGACAAUGACACAUAUUAUAUUUAUUGAUCUGGACAACUGGUCAAAUAUUUUUACUCAUCUACCAGGAAAUCUUAACCAAGGAACGUUUGUCUGGGGCUUCCAAGGUGGGAAGAACCAGUGGAAACCCCCGGUAAAAUGCAAAAUUUUUACUUAUCUUUCCAACACUGGUUCCUUCUUCCUUCACCCCCGCUGCAGCCAUAGAAAAGAUGCUGCCGAUUUUGCCAUUUGCAUGCAUGCUGGUCGUUUAGAUGAACAGCUACCAAAACAAAUGCCUUUCACCAUUCUCUCGGGGGAUAAAGGCUUCCUGGAGCUUGAAAACCAAUUUAAGAAGACCCUGAGACCUUUUCACAUCCUUAACCCUCAUCAUAUGGAAGGAGACAUGAUGUGUGCCUUGUUAAACAGCAUAUCUGAUACUGCUCCAGGUACAAGCGAUGCUGCCAUGGACGUAGAACACGAUGAAGAUGCUGAUAUGGAAGAAGCCGUCAGAAGAAGCCUUGAAGAAGUGUCAAACAUGAAAAUAGAUUAAGAUUUUCAAGUUCUCUUAGGGCAAAAAUAGCAUUACUGCUGCUGAGAUUUGUUUCCUCUUUUUGAAUGCCCAUACCCAGAGCGGUCACU